AUGUCAAACUUUCCUGGUGCUUCCACUACGUACUCGGGGAGUAUGGACGUGCCACAAUCUUCAGCGCUUGUACGGAAGUCGUCAGAUACCCAACUGAUGCCGCCGCCACCAAAGAGAAUCAAGAGGCCCAAAAACGUCAUCGACGAGGAAUCGUACACUGAUGCAAUAUCUGAGAUUAUCGCCCGGGAUUUCUUCCCUGGGCUGUUAGAGACAGAAACGCAGCAGGAGUACCUGGAUGCCCUUGACUCGCAAGACCCAGCAUGGAUUUCUUCAGCCAGCCGUAGACUCACACAAGUUAUGACACCUGGUAGACGGAGAGGUAGGCGCGGCACUUCCAUUCAAACCCCGCUACGAGCAACCGAUACCCCCAGAACCUUUGCGGGCGAUACUCCUAUGUCGGCCACAUCAGAUACUACGACAUCCUCACAGGCAAAUACACUGCCAGAGAUCGACACCAACAUGAGCCUGGAUAGAUUCCAGUCUUUGUAUACGAGCGAAGACAACGAAAGCUUCUACAAACUUCUGGAUAAGCAGAAUCAGACGCGAGCCGAGAAGUAUGCCUGGAUGUGGUCAGCCAACAAUAAAUUACCAUCGAAAAUGAUGCUGAAGCAGAAAGAGAUAGAAGCCAAGCUUCUCAAGUCACGAGGCUCUCUUGUGGAUGAUGGUGGAGAAAGAGACAGGUUAGCUAUUCGUGAUGUCAACGAGAAGUCUGCACGUCCCGAAUCGUGGAAGUCAAAGCCGGAUAACAACUUGAUGUUCCGCCUCGACAGCGUGGAAGAUUCAGUUGAGACAAUUGCACAAAGGUUACAGAAUGAAUCAAGAGCGGCCCCAAAGGGAGUCGUGUAUGUCAACACUCGCAUGCCUACUACUAUAAUUGCCCCGGACGAAACUAACAUACCACCGUCGCCGUCAUUGUCAGCUGUGCGAGAUGCUAUCGAUGGACGACGACGGGCAAGCGACCUGGAGUCUGGAACAGGAUGCAACGAAACACCUCGAGUGAAUGGGUAUGCUUUCGUGGACGACGAGCCGGAAGACGAAAUGCAAGUGCCCCUUUCAAGUAUUGACCUAGGCAAGGGAGAUCUUGCGAAGAACCCUUUUGUGAUCAUGGAUCAGAGCAGAAGAGAAGACCUGCAUCACCGAAUGGUUGACGAAAACGCACACGCUAAACGAACAUCAACCAAAAAUGGCAUGACAGGCAAGGUAGAUGCGACUCCGGUACCGAGGUUCCCUAGCAGUCCAAGAGUCGUGCCUGGUCAACUAACUCCAGCUGCGCAGCGGUUGUGGAGCAAAGUUGGGAGUGGAAGUUCUCGUGGAUCUUCAUCCUCUUUCGGCGUGCAAAACCUCAAUACUGUGCGGACUAAAUCUGCCCUACGGGCUCGUUGGACGCCCUCAACCAAGUAG